AUGGAUGAGAGAAACACUGGUAGCCAUGGUGGUGUGAGUUCCACCUAUAGAGGGGUACGAAAGAGAAAAUGGGGCAAAUGGGUGUCAGAGAUACGUGAGCCAGGGAAAAAAAGUAGAAUUUGGUUAGGGAGUUUUGAGACACCAGAAAUGGCAGCAACAGCUUAUGAUGUUGCUGCUUUACAUUUUAGGGGAUACGAUGCGAAACUUAAUUUUCCUGACUCGGUUCAUAAUCUACCAAAGCCAGCAAGCAGUAAUGCCGAAGAUAUUCGCAUAGCAGCCCAUGAGGCAGCUAUGAGCCUUAGGCCCUCUGCAGCUGAGUCCUCCCAAGGUGGCAGCUCUAGCUCAAAUGUUGGUCCCAUCACAGUUAGGCUCUCCCCAAGCCAAAUUCAAGCCAUUAAUGAGUCACCCUUGGAUUCACCAAAGAUGUGGAUGCAAAUGUCAGAGACAGCAACGCUAGAAGAGUCCAUGAUGUUCGCCAAUGACGGUGAGGAGGAAAAGUGGGAAAACAAGCAAACAGAUUCUCUUUGGGAUCCUUAG